UAAUGAUAGUAGAACACAUGCCAUUAGACAUUGUUAUAAAAAAAUGGUUAAUGAAAAAGAAAGAAAGGACAUGAGAGAUAGGUUAGCAAGUAGUGAUAAAACAUGUCAAAGGAUUGAUAAAAAAAUUAGAAACUUACCUGAACUAAGUGAUGAUAUAAUUCUGAAGUAUGCAAAAUCGAAGCAUGAAAAUGGGAUAUUUGAAAACUUAUAUAAAUUGAAAGACAGGACUGAUCUUG